CGAGAACCCCGGCGGGGCGGGCCGGCACGUCCCGGUUCGGCUGCGGCGGAGCGAGCGGGGCCAGCUCUGCAGAAGGCGGCGGCUAGCUAGCCGGGACGGUCACAUCCCGCUGCAGGGGCCGGCGGAGCAGCCGCACUGCCUCCCGCACCUGGACUCGGGCCAGCGGCCAGGCCGCGCCGGCACCGCCCCCCGCUCAGGGACAGACUACGCAGCCCGUCCGAGCUCUGGGGUCCCCCGCAGCCCCGCGGCCCGCUCCCGCUGCGCCUCCACCUGCCCUCGGCCCGCAGCUCGGUCCCGCGCUGCCCGCCGCGCCAGGCCCGCGCCGGGAUGGGGCAGGGGCAGCGCCACGGAGCCGGGCGAUGGGCCGCCCUCUGGGCACCGAGCAGCCCCCCGAGGCCUGACCCACCGCGAGGACCGGCGGGGGAGCCCCGCCUGGAUGUCAAGCGGAUGCCCCAGUGCCUCACAGCGGACUCGGUGGGGACCAUGGCUUCGCUGAUGCCCCUCUCCCCAUAUUUAAGCCCUACGGUCCUCCUGCUGGUCAGUUGUGACCUGGGCUUUGUGCGAGCAGCCAACAGACCAGCCUCGGUCUCCUGUGAAUGUGACAGUCACUCACCUCAGAGCCAACUCGGCCACGGUGUACUGGGAUGUCCCUCGUCAUCGGCUACUCCAUUUCCUAGCAAGUACGACUCACCCUUCUGCUCCCUCAGCCUGUGUCCUUGGAACUCUGAGCCUAUCUUCCAUUACCCCCACCGGGGACCAAAGCUCCCCUCCCCGUGGUGGGGGAAUCAGGGAGCUGGUGUCCCCUGGCUCAAGUUGCCCUUGUCAUCCUACUCCGUGGAGUGCUUGGAUGUUUGAGUCCUGGGACUGGUGUGAGACCACCCUCCUGUCCCAUCAUCUCCCUGCAGGGACAGAAUGGCCCUGGGCAGCGUGUGAUCCAGGAGGUGAACACCGCCACCAGGGCCUGUGCCCUCUGGGGACUGGCUGAAGAUAGCGACUACACCGUGCAAGUCCGGAGCAUCAUCGGCCUUCGGGGAGAGAGCCCCCCAGGGCCUCGGGUGCACUUCCGAGCUCUCAAGGGUUCUGACCGGCUACCCUCCAACAGCUCAAGCCCAGGUGAGAGGCUCAGCCAUCCUCCACUCCCGAAAGCUUUGGAUUCUCUGGCUUUUUACCUGCCCUUCAGCCUCUUGUUUACAGUGUAGCUUAGAUGAAUAAAAGGAUGACUUAAUUCAUCAUACUGCCAAGAAACGAAAGGAAAAGGUUGGCAGGGGACUGGGUAUAAACAGGCUGAUAAUGAAUCAUUUGGGAGAAGGGCUUUCAAGCUUCCUUUUCCCCACCCUCUGUUCCCAGCCGCCGCAAUCUGCGUGAAUACUUGCCUGCAACAGUCCUGCUUUUUUAGUCUCUACCUACCUGUCCACCAACAGCUUCCUAGAGAGGGGCUCUCAGGGGCAACCCUGGCCCCAGACUCUCUCAA